CUAGUACUACUAAUACUACUACUACUAGCACUAAUACUACUAAUUUAAGUACUACUAAUACUAGUGCUACUACUACUACUACUAGUAAUACUACUACUACUAGUACUACUACUACUAGUAUUACUACUAAUACUAAUACUACUAGUAAUACUACUACUACUAGUACUUAUUCUACUACUACUAGUACUGCUACUACUACUAUCAGUGCUAAUAGUACUACUAAUAAUACUAUUAGUACUACUACUAUUACCACUACGACUAGUACUACCAGUAUUAAUACUACUACUACUAGUAUUACUACGACUGGAAAUACUACUAGUACUACUAGUACUAAUACUAGUACUACUACUACUACUACUACUACUAGUACUCCUACUAAUACUACUAGUUGUACUACUACUAGUACUGUUACUACUAUUACUACUACUAGUUCUACUAGUACUACUACUACUACUACUAAUACUAAUGCUACUACUACCACUACUACUACUACUAGUAGUACUACUACUAUUACUAAUAAUACUAAUACUACUACUUCUAGUAAUAAUACUACUAUUAGUACUACAACUACUACUACUACUAGUACUACUACUACUGCAAAUACUACUACUACUUGUACUACUUCUAGUACUACUACUACUAGUAAUAUUACUACUAAUAAUACUACUAGUACUACUACUACUACUAGUACUACUACUAGUACCACUACUAGUACUACUAAUACUACUACUACUAGUACUACUACUACUAAUUUAAGUACUACUACUACCAGUGCUACUACUACUACUAGUAAUACUACUCCUACUAGAACUACUACUACUACUACUAGUACUAAUACUAAUACUACUACUACUACUAGUAAUAUUACUACUACUUUUAUUACUACUACUACUAGUGCUAAUACUACUACUACUAGUAAUACUACCACUACUACUAGUACUACUAUUACUACUGCUAGUAAUACUACUACUACUAAUACUACUAGUAAUACUAGUACUACUACUACUACUACCAAUACUACUACUAGUACUACUACUACUAGUACUACUACUACUACUAGUACUACUAUUACUACUACUAGUACUACUACUUCUACUAGUACUACUACUACUACUACUACUAGUACUACUACUACUACUUGCACUACUACUACUAGUACUAAUACUACUAGUACUACUACUAGUACUACUAAUACUACUACUACUACUACUAAUACUACUACUAUUACUACUACUAAUACUACUACUUCUACUACUAGUACUACAACUACUACUACUAGUACUACUACUACUAGUACUACUACUACUACUACUACCACUACUACUAGUACUGCUAAUACUCCUACUACUACUAAUACUAGUACUACUACUAUUGGUACUACUAAUACUACUAGUACUACUACUAGUAAUACUACUACUACUACUACGAGUACUACUACUGCUACUACUAGUGCAACUACCACUACUACUACUACUGGUACUAAUACUACGACUAGCACUACUACUACUUGUACUACUACUACUAGUACUACUAAUACUACUACUACUACUAGUACUACUACUAGUACUACUAAUAUUACUAGUACUACUACUACUAGUACUACUACUAUUAACACUACUCGUAGUACUACUACUACUACUAGUACUAAUACUACUCCUUGUACUACUACUACUACUACUAGUACUAAUACUACUACUACUUCUAGUAAUACUACUACUACUAGUACUACUACUACUAGUACUUGUACUACUACUACUAGUACUAUUACUACUAAUAAUACUUCUAGUACUACUACUACUACUAGUACUACUACUACUACUAGUAUUAAUUAUACUACUAGUACUACUACUACUACUAGUACUACUACUACUACUAGUAUUACUAUUACUUUUAGUACUACUACUACUUGUGCUACUACCACUACUACUAGUAAUACUACUACUACUACUACUAGUACUACUACUACCACGAGUACUACUACUAGUACUACUUCUACUACUUUUAGUACUACUAUUACUAGUGCUACUACUACUACUAAUAGUAAUACUACUACUACUACUAUUACUAAUACUACUAGUACUACUACUAUUGCAAGUACUACUACUACUUGUACUACUUCUAGUACUGCUACUACUAGUAAUAUUACUACUAAUAAUACUACUAUUACUACUACUACUACUAGUACUACUACUAGUACCACUACUAGUACUACUAAUACUACUACUACUACUAGCACUAAUACUAAUAAUUUAAGUACUAGUACUACUAGUGAUACUACUACUACUACUAGUAAUACUACUACUACUAGUACUACUACUACUACUAGUACUAAUACUAAUAAUACUACUACUACUAGUAAUAUUACUACAACUACUAUUACUACUACUACUAGUACUACUACUGCUACUACUACCACUACUACUAGUACUGCUAGUACUCCUACUACUACUAAUACUAGUACUACUACUAUUGGUACUACUAAUACUACUAUUACUAAUACUAGUACUACUACUACUCCUACGAGUACUACUACUGCUACUACUAGUGCAACUACCACUACUACUACUAAUACUACUACUAGUACUAUUACCACUACUACUAGUACUACUACUACUACUCCUAGUACUACUACUACUAGUGCUACUACUACUACUAGUACUACUACUAAUAAUACUACUACUAAUACUAAUACUACUGGUACUACUACUACUACUAGUACUGAUUCUACUACUACUAGUACUAGUACUACUACUACUAGUGGUACUACUACUACUACUACUACUAUUAUUACUACUACUACUACCACUACGACUAGUACUACUAGUAUUAAUACUACUUCUACUAGUAUUACUACCACUGGUACUACUUCUACUACUACUAGUACUAAUACUAGUAUUACUAAUACUACUACUAAUACUACUACUACUACUACUAGUACUACUAUUACUAGUAAUACUACUAGUACUACUACUACUACUACUAGUACUGUUACUACUACUACUAGUACUACUACUGCUACUACUACUACUAUUUCUACUAGUACUACUACUACUACUACUAGUACUGUUACUACUACUACUAGUACUAAUACUACUACUACUACUAGUUCUACUAGUACUACUACUACUACUACUAGUACUACUACUAAUACUACUAGUACUACUACUACUACUAGUACUGAUUCUACUACUACUAACACUACUACUACUACUACUAGUGCUACUAGUACUACUACUACUACUAUUACUACUACUACUACUACUACCGCUACUGCUACUACUACUACUAUUAGUAAUACUACUACUACUAGUACUACUACUACUACUAGUACUAAUACUAAUACUACUACUACUACUAGUAAUAUUACUACUACUAUUAUUACUACUACUACUAGUGCUACUACUACUACUACUAGUAAUACUACCACUACUACUAGUACUACUACUACUACUGCUAGUAAUACUACUACUACUAUUACUACUAGUAAUACUAAUACUACUACUACUACUAAUACUACCACUACUUCUACUAGUACUACUAUUACUACUAGUACUACUACUACUACUAGUAUUACUAUUACUUCUACUAGUACUACUAAUUCUACUAGUACUACUACUACUACUAGUACAACUACUACUACUACUUGCACUACUACUACUAGUACUACUACUACUAGUACUACUACUAGUACUACUAAUACUACUACUACUACUAGUACUACUAGUAUUACUACUACUAGUACUACUACUUCUACUACUAGUACUACAACUAAUACUACUAGUACUACUACUACUACUAGUACUACUACUAAAACCACUACUACUAGUACUGCUAGUACUCCUACUACUACUAAUUCUAGUACUACUACUAUUUAUACUACUAAUACUACUAGUACUAAUACUAGUACUACUACUACUACGAGUACUACUACUGCUACUACUAGUGCAACUACCACUACUACUACUACUGGUACUAAUACUACGACUAGCACUAAUAAUUCUAGUACUAUUACUACUAAUACUACUAGUAAUACUACUACUACUACUAGCAGUACUACUACUAAUACUACUACCACUACUACUAAUAUUACUACUAGUACUAGUACUACUACUACUAGUACUACUACUACUACUAAUACUAGUACUACUACUACUACUACUUUUAGUACUACUACUACUAGUGCUACUACUACUAAUACUAGUAAUACUACUACUACUACUACUAGUACUACUACUACUACUAGUACUAAUACUAGUACUAAUACUACUACUACUACUUGUACUACUACUACUAGUACUACUAAUACUACUAAUACUACUAGUACUACUACUAGUACUACUAAUAUUACUAGUACUACUACUACUAGUACUACUACUAGUACCACUAAUAGUACUACUACUACUACUAGUAUUACUACUACUACUAGUACUACUACUACUAAUACUAAUUUAAGUACUACUACUACUAGUGCUACUACUACUACUAGUACUAGUACUAAUACUAAUACUACUACUACUACUAGUAAUAUUACUACUACUUUUAUUACUACUACUACUAGUGCUACUACUAUUACUACUACUAGUAAUACUACCACUACUACUAGUACUACUACUAAUACUAAUACUACUAGUACUACUACUACUACUAGUACUGAUUCUACUACUACUAGUACUACUACUACUACUACUAGUGCUACUAGUACUACUACUACUACUAGUAUUACUACUACUACUACCACUACGACUAGUACUACUAGUACUAAUACUACUACUCCUACUAGUAUUACUACUACUGGUACUACUACUACUAGUACUAAUACUAGUACUAAUACUACUACUAGUACUAAUUUAAGUACUACUACUACUAGUGCUACUACUACUACUACUAGUAAUACUACUACUACUAGUACUACUACUACUACUAGUACUAAUACUAAUACUACUACUACUACUAGAACUACUACUACUACUUCUGGUACUACUACUACUUCUGGUACUACU